AUGAAGACCGCAAGCCUGACAACCCUCCUCGCCUCGGCCGUCGCCGUCUCGGCACACCGUCCAAUCCUGGUGGCCAAGACGACCAACACCACGCUGCCCACGACCACGGUCGCCGGUGUCGAGGUCGUCGACACCCAGAUCGUGCGCGAUGCGCGUGCGCUGAUCUCGACCAUGGAGCCGUACCUCUACCGCCACCAGAUGCGCUCGUGGCUGUUCGGAGUCGCCACCAUCAACAACAACGCGACGCUCAAGGCCCUCAUCGACCUCGAGGUCCACGCUCUCGGUACCCUUAUCCACGACCUGGGAUGGGACAUGACGCCCAACUCGACGUGGGUCACCAGCGACAAGCGCUUCGAAAUCGACGGCGCCAUCGGCUCCCGCAAGUUCAUCACCAGCCACCCCAACGCCGACCAGUGGGACCUGAACCGCCAGCAGCUGGUGUGGGACGCCAUCUCGCUGCACGGCACGACCAGCAUCAGCGAGUAUAAGCAGGAGGACGUGCGGACCAUCGUGCGCAGCAUCGGCAUGGACUACGAGGGCGAACACCCGGGGAUCCCCGCCGACAUCAACGCCGAGAUCCUCGCCGAGUUCCCCACCGACGGCUUCCUCCAGGGCACCGACGACACCUUCAUCUGGUUCUGCACCAGCAAGCCCAAUGCUACGUACGACACCUGGGUCCAGCCGUGGGGCGAGGCCUUCGUCCCGGGCUACAGCGCCGUUGGGCAUCGGUUGUUCGACCGCGUCCACCCGCCUAACACUACUACCACCAGCUAG